UAGUAAUAAUAAUGUGUCAUUUGUCGAUAUAAAAUCCAAACAAUGGGUCAAGUGUUUUAGCUUGAUUUUAUUGUUUAAUUUUAAUUAAUUAUUUAUUUAUUAAGCGCAAUGUGCAUUUAUUAGUUUUAAUUUUUAUUUAAGGCGGCUAGUUGAGAGAUAAUGUUAAAGAUGAGGAAUAUUUAUUGUUUUUAUGGUGUAUUGCAAUUUUUUGUGAUUUUGCAAUUUUCACACACACUGCAUCAAAACCUAAAGUAUUAUGAAACAUUGCACGUCCGUCACCUGGAGCACAACAUAGUCAAACGAGGAACCCAACACGGCAGUCACCCGUACAAUAAAAUAAACCAGGUAGAAUUUUACGCUCACGGUCGUCACUUUCGGCUGAUUCUGACCCCGCGGAAGGAAGUGAUCCACUCAAAAUUCAAAGCCUACGAGGUUAAUGCCGACGGAGAGGAAAAAUCCGUCCACCUGGACCACGAGAGCUUCUACCACGGCCGCGUCUUCGGAGAACUGGACUCCCAUGCCCAGGUUCAUAUUGACGAGGGUGUUAUUACCGGCAGUAUUACUAUCUCAGAUGAAACUUACCACAUUGAGCCAUCCUGGAGACAUCUUCCACACCUCGGGAACGACUCGAUGAUUAUUUAUAAGGCUUCUGAUGUUAAGCUCAGUUGGGAGCACGUCGAGAAUGGAGAAGGUCAUACUCAUGGCGUACCAAAAACUUGCGGGUAUAUUAAAGAAGUUGUAGAUGAUGGGGAUGAUGAUCAAGAUCAGGGUGAAGAUUUUGAAAAGGUUGAAAUUACGUUAGAAGAAGACACGGAUUAUAAUAAUGAGACCGACUCGGAUAAAUUAUCAAGAACAAAAAGACAAGCCGAAACCUACGAAUACACCCCAACAAAAACCCGCUGUCCUCUAUUACUAGUAGCGGACUACAGAUUCUACCAAGAAAUGGGCGCAAGUAGCACAAAGACAACCAUAAACUACCUGAUAAGCCUAAUCGACCGAGUGCACAAGAUCUACAACGACACACUCUGGCAGGACAGAUUAGAACAGGACGGCUUCAAGGGAAUGGGGUUUGUGAUAAAGAAGAUAGUAGUCCACAGCGAGCCGACCCGAGUCCGAGGUGGAGACACCCACUAUAACAUGAUCCGCGAAAAAUGGGACGUCCGUACUUUGUUGGAAGUGUUUAGCCGCGAGUACAGCCACAAAGAUUUCUGCUUGGCUCAUUUGUUCACUGAUUUAAAAUUCGAGGGCGGAAUUCUGGGGCUGGCUUACGUCGGCUCUCCCCGGAGGAAUUCCGUCGGAGGAAUUUGCACUCCGGAGUACUUUAAAAAUGGCUACACUCUGUACUUAAACUCCGGAUUAAGCUCCAGCAGGAAUCAUUACGGGCAGCGAGUUAUCACCAGAGAAGCUGAUUUAGUGACUGCUCAUGAGUUCGGACACAAUUGGGGCUCCGAGCACGACCCAGAUGUCACUGAAUGCAGCCCCAGUGCAAGUCAAGGCGGCUCUUAUUUAAUGUACACCUACAGUGUCAGCGGGUAUGAUGUUAACAAUAAAAGAUUCUCUCCUUGUAGCUUGAGGUCCAUCAAGAAAGUCCUCCAGGCUAAAUCUGGAAGGUGCUUCAGCGAGCCUGAGGAGUCUUUCUGUGGGAAUUUGAGGGUUGAAGGCGAUGAAGAGUGUGAUGCAGGGUUGCUGGGCACUGAGGACAAUGAUGCUUGCUGUGAUAAAAAUUGCAAGCUCAGGAGGAACCAGGGUGCUGUUUGCAGUGAUAAGAAUUCUCCUUGUUGUCAGAAUUGUCUGUUCAUGCGACUCGGGACUAAGUGCAGGGAUGCUCAGUAUGCUACUUGUGAGCAGGAGUCCAGGUGCACUGGAGCUUCCAGUGAGUGUCCUAGGUCCCCGCCGAUGAAGAAUGGCACUGCUUGCUUGGAGAGGGGACAGUGCAGGCUUGGGAAGUGUGUUCCUUAUUGCGAGACUCAGGGGUUGCAGAGUUGCAUGUGUGAUAUUAUUGGUGAUGCGUGUAAAAGGUGCUGUCGGAUGAAUCUUAAUGAAACGUGCUUCCCAAUUGAUCCUCCAGAUUUAUUACCUGAUGGUACUCCAUGUAUUCAAGGUUUCUGUAAUAAGGGAAUUUGUGAAAAAACAAUCCAGGAUGUAGUUGAGCGUUUUUGGGACAUAAUAGAAGACAUAAACAUCAACAAAGUGAUAAGAUUUCUAAAAGACAACAUAGUCGGAGCAGUAAUUAUCUGCACAGCUAUAAUAUGGAUCCCCGCGAGCUGCGUGGUCAGUUACAUUGACAGCCGUCGCUCGAAAGAGAACGACAAAAAAUGGAGAUGGAAGAACACGGAUCAACUGAUCCAUCCAGACGAUCAGCGACAAGUGAUUCAUGUCGGGUUACCAAGACGCCUCGAGCAAUCCAAAGUUACUUAGUUACUUUAUUAUUACAUUGACAAAGAGAUAAGAGCAAGAUCUAGUCAGUCUUUACUCGAUCAAGGUAUUCUCUCUUUACCUAAUUAAAUAAUUGUGUUCACUCUUUUUAUAUUUACUAUUUAUUAUUAUAAAUUAUAAGAGAACAUUCCUUGCCAUCUGAAGAUCAAGUCAGAUAAAAUUGUCCUUCAGACUCAUCAUUCCAAAUUGCCAAUUAAAUAUUCUGAAUUAAUAAUCAUGAUCUCUCUUAGUAAUUGUUAUUUUCUUCAACUAGUCAGAAGAACAAAUGUUACUUUUCUUUUUUUUUUAAGAAUUCAUUUUUUAAUUUUGUAAAUUUUAAAAUAUAUUCAUAUAAU